CUUCCUUUCUAUCUCCCAACCUCUCCAACACAUCCCCACUCUCAAUUCCAUGGCGUUUUUGAUGAUUUGAACCCAAAACAAAAGAAAUAGAGAUAUAUUUUGUUUAAAUUCCCUGAAAUCAAAGGACACAAAGAACUCAUUUACAUGAAAUCAUCCUUCUCCAGCAGAACAAGAAGGAAACGAAAAAAAGAAGCGAGUUUCACUCCGUUUUCAGAUCUAAACAAUAUUUACAUCUCACUUCGAUCUGCAACAUUUCUCAAGGGAAAACACUUUUUUCCGUUUUGAUGACUGAUGGUUGUGAUCUAUGAAGGUCUUGUCUGAUUCGAGGUUAUAAAAUUGUGAGUUGUUUAUUUGAAUCUAAGGAGUUUUCUGACCCAGUAGUUCUAGACAGAAGUUAAUCGGUUCGAUUUUAGUUACCAUCUUAAUUUGUAUCUGCAAUGACUGAGAUGUUCUGGGCAUGAUUUUGCCUUUUAAAGUUGUUACCUUUAGUCUACUUAACAAGGAUUUAGGGGAGUUUAGAAGGACUGGGUUUCUUUUUCUUUGUUGGGUUGUAAUAGGACCGAGCUGAAAUCGUUGGAUUUGUGGUUUUGAUUAUCGAAAUUAAGCAAAGUUAUGGAGACACUUGUUGUGGUGGCGCAACAUAGGAAUCAAUACUGUAGCAGAGUGAAGCCACAUGUGCCUGCUGGGUUUGGGUCAUCACCACCAUCUAGAAAUUUCAGAGGGGCUAACUGCAGGACUUCUCAAUCCAGAGCAGGACUCCCGACCCCGUUUAAGUAUAACUCUACUCUUUUAACCAAAAAGCCAUCUUCCCCUCCCUUUUCACCGUCUUCCCCCAAAACACCAUCUCCUUUUGCUGAUGGAUUACACUCGAAAGGGAAAGCUACCAUGAAAAGCUCUCCCAUUCCUAUCAACAGCAAUAUAACCCCUAGAAAUGGUAAGCCUUUUACUGAGGAGAUUUCUGGGGAAGGUUUUCUUUACUCUGAGCUUUGGGCUGGACCUGCUUAUUCUAAUUCGCCACCACCAAGUUCUUUGCCUAUUCCCAAAUUCUCGCUUCGGAUGAAGAGGACUGUGUCACUUGAUUUGCCUGCUGCUGCCCCUGUUGUCGAUGUUCACCAAACUGCUAAGUCUGCACCUGCAUCUCCUACAAGGGAGCUUAGCCCAUCUGUAGCUGAACUUUUUCGGAGUGCUGACUCUGUGUCUGCGACUAAGGCUUUGCGUCGCAUUCUCAACCUCGACGAUACUGAUUACUGAAAUGAGUGGAGGAGUUCUUGAGCUCCUGUAAAUAAGUUUGCUGUGCAAAUUUUGGAGUUAGUUUUAGAUUGUAUAUAGGUUUAAUAAGAUGGUUGGUAGCAUGGGUCGGUAUGUGUUGGUUUAAGCUUUCUUUGGGUGAUGAAAUGAGAAAGUAAUGGCAAUGGCAGGUCGACAAUCUCCGAACUUUCCUUUAUGGUGGUUUAUGAGAGUUUGAUGCUGGUUAUGGGAACUUUUGAUUGACUCGAUGCUGAAGGUAUGCAUUUUUGGGUGUUGUAAGCUUGGAUGGAAGAUGACUCGGCUAUUCAGGAAGCUAAGGGGAGCUUUCAUUAGAAUCAAACAUUGUCUGCCCUCUUUGGAUUGACAUGAAUUCAAACUGAUGACUUCCUUCUUAUCCCAUGGGUUCAAAGGAAACUAUAUACUUAGUAGCGUAGGACUUUACUCUAUCAAGUACUUGGUGGUUAAUGUCCGUUUAGUUGUUGUCCUUGAGCUGAUUUCCUCCUUAAGUGUCUGAUACAGUGUAUAUACUGUAGUCGGUAGAUCCCUUACUAAAUUGCUUAUCCAAAUUCCUUAGGUUUCUUUUGUAUUCUUUUUCUCAUCUUUUUUUCCUUGCUCUACAAUUAGUGUUGCCCUUAGUUUCUAUGAGUCUAAUUUCAAUGCCCCUUUGUUUCUUUUUACAACCUUAGACUAAAUUAGCCUGCCUAUAUGAACUUUCGUUUUCUUACAACUCUUCUCUUUUCUCCAGCAUUGCCUGAAUUGGCUGCUUAACAAUCAAAUAUCCUUGAUACACUCUUACUUGGGAUUUCUCCGUUGUUUCCCCUUAUCAUCUUUUUCUGUUUUUUGUAAAGAAAAAGGUGGUAAGGAAAAGUAAAGUGGUUAUUUGUCAUCUCUUAAACUUGUUAGGUUAAUCAUUUCCAUCCCCAUUUGGAAGUGUUGUUCGUGUCUUGUUCAUCCUAGUGCCUACCGCCCCGCUCUGUUACCGUGUUCCAUCGGAGCCAUCUCUCAUUGAGAUUGUUGACUGUGCCAAGCUACUUACAAGGUAGCUGCCACUGGGCUAAGUCUUUUCAGGAGGCUUUUGUUAAACGUAGAUGUGUUGGUGUUAGUUGCCUUUAAUGCAAGCUUUUAGGAACCAUAUCUGUAUCCAUCAACUGUCUCGGAAAUGUUUGUUUUCAGCGUCUGUUUACGCGUUCUUUUGGACGAGUUUCGUGUUUUGCUUAAAGUGCCAUGUUAAUGUUCAAGACUUCAAAGUGCAGUGUGACUUUUUUUAA